CCGCUUUAGAACUACCUGACUUAGACGUGCCUCUCGAAAUUGAACAUCGUCGAUUGUUGCUUUAUAUCGUUGUGCGUAACAUUACCUCGUGAUCUUAAAGUGCUUGUUUACGUUGCGUCAAAGAAAAAAAAAGUUUUCACGAAAUUGUGAUGCAAUUUUUGUAACAAAGGAGAAAAAAAUACAAAAAGUUUCAUUUCAAAUAGCGAAGAGAUAAAGUCAAAUGGAAUUGUAUCCUCUUGAAACAAGUGUUAAUAUUUUUUGACGAAGUUAAGCCAAAAGAUUACAUUACAGUUAAUAUUUAACAACAUAAAAUAGGAAAAUAUGGCUCGGCUACUAGUGUUCGUGUUAUGUGCAUCUAUGGUGACAACACAACGUAAUGGAAAUGUCGUUAAAGAUAGAGGGCACGACGAGCAUCACGAGCUCCAAAGACAGAAUCGAAUUACCGAACAGAUUUUGACAAAUUUUUUCGAGCGGAAAUUCUUUCCAAACAGAAAGCCAAAGCCAGCACCGACAAUUGAUGAAAUAUUGCCACCUGAAUCGCGGGCCAAUCCAUCAAUCAGAAAUAAGCACUCAGCGCAAAGGGAAAAUGACGAAGAUGAACCAGACACAGACAAUCUUCAAAGUGUCGAAUCAGAGCAUGUUGAUUCAGUGUACAGAGACUAUUCAGAAGGCAGGUGUAGAUUUAAUUAA